CUCUGACGAUUGAAGCUUCCGCUGUUGCUGUGAGGGGUCUGAAAGGAAGCUACCUAUAAUCCAGCUUGUUGUUGGCGGAGCAGCCGGUCCACCAACCUCCAAAAAGGCCGCGGGCUACCCCUGGGUAGAAGCAACGGUUCAGGCAGGAGAUGCACAUCACCCCAGAAGCCAUCCGCUGUGUAUGUGUCUCGCUGUGUGGCUUUGAUAUUGACCACCAUUCAGGUACCCGUAGAUCAUUAGAUUUGAGUCAACAAGUGACGCCCUAGAUCAAUCCAAUGUGUCAGAGACCAGCCGCAGACACCUGGUCAGUGCUCAGUAGGCGGCUGGCGAUUUGCGACUUGGCGGCUAAGGUAGUAGCCCCUCGGCGGCUGGAUUGGGUGCACGAUUGCUGCCAAACCGAAACAUCACAUUUGGUCGCCCGGUUUGGGAAAUCCCCUCUUCAGCAUAGCACAAGUCCUGCGAUCUUCUACCGCAAGCCAAUUCUGGGCUCUUGGGCCCAAACAGCCACAUCUCGCGCUGAAGACGCGACACUGACACCGGUCCUGCAUUCCGGUCGCAAGACGGAGCCACGGUGGGCGGACAUCGCAUCGCUCUGGCGCAUCUCGAACUACGAACCACCCCGCUCCCCCCCCCAAACAAGUACUCCAAUCAUCCCCCGCCGCUGCUUGAUUCGAGUCGACCCUCCGAUCAACCAAGCUCGGACCCGAUACCGAACCUCCUGUGUGCUGCGCGCUGAAUUUUGAGAGUGUCCGAGACCAUGAACCAACAGCAGCAAUACCAGCAACCGUCGCGGCGGACAGACGCCUACUCGUCGCAACACGACGAACUCCACCUGCCCUCGUCAUCCAGCAUGGCCCACCAAGGCCAACAUCCCCUUCAACAGCAGCAGCAGCAGCUUCCCACCCGCCAAUAUUCCUCUGGGCCCGGCGUUCCUCCCCAUAUCAAGCUCGAGCAGUCCCCAAAUCCUCAGCAGCAUCACCACCAAAGCGCCGGUGUAGUGCCCAACGUGUUACAGCCGGGCGGGCUGCAAACCAGACCUCCUGUCAUCUCGUCAAAUACCGCUCCGGUCCUGCCUACCAUGCAGCAACAGCAGCCACCAGACUAUCAGCCUCAUCAAACACCAACAAAAUCCAACUCGAUGAACCUGUCGCAUAAUUACCCGCGAUCCAGCCCCGCCGCUCCCUACGAGGGCGGGUCCGGCUACUCUGCCUAUGCUCCCAACACUCCUGGCGGUGCCGGGAGCUCUUCGCAGUACAUGUCGCCAACCGAUUCAAAAUACAGCCAGUCCUCGGGCUCCCAGCGCAUCCCCUCCAAUGCGCCCCUUGGUCUCGCUGACAUACGGCCCCGCGCUGACUCGAGUCUUUCCGAUGGCAUCCCCGGGACCACCUCCUACGAGCAUGCAAACACUCAGUCACGUACCAGCAACUACAUGGCCCCAUGGGCUCUCUAUGCGUUCGACUGGUGCAAAUGGGCUCCCCAGGGAAACAGUGCUGGGAAAGUAGCUAUUGGGAGUUAUUUGGAAGAUGGGCACAACUACAUUCAAAUUCUCGACGCUCAAGUGUCUCCCACACCGUCUGACGUCUACUCGCCCGCCGGGUCGAGGUAUACAAUGGACUUUACUAGAAUCGCCGAAGCGACUCACUCCUAUCCCGUCACACGUCUCCUGUGGGAGCCUCCAUCGUCACAAAAACAGUCAACCGAUCUUUUGGCCACAUCCGGCGACCACCUCCGCCUUUGGUCUCUUCCUUCCGAUCCUCAAGUUCAGACUCCUGGCUCCUCGAUAACGUCAAGAAACGGCCGUGACAUGCCGAUUACGAAACUCACCCCAUUGGCUUUGCUCUCCAAUUCCAAGACACCCGACCACACAGCACCCCUGACCUCGCUCGACUGGAACACCGUGACCCCCAGCUUAAUUAUCACGUCCAGCAUCGACACUACCUGCACCAUCUGGGAUAUUCCAUCCCUCACGGCCAAAACUCAGUUAAUCGCCCACGACAAGGAAGUCUACGACGUCCGUUUUUGCGCCAACAGUGUGGACGUCUUCGUGAGCUGUGGUCAGGACGGCAGCGUGAGAAUGUUUGAUCUGAGGAGUCUGGAGCACAGCACCAUUAUUUACGAGCCAACCGGAAAAGAAGAAAGAGACGCCAACGGAGGUCGCAUCUCCCCCACACUUGCCCAGCAAACAAUGUCCCACCCUCCUCCCCUCCUCCGACUGGCCACCUCCCCCCACGACCAGCACCUCCUCGCCACCUUUGCCCAAGACAGCAACGUAAUACGCAUCCUCGACGUGCGCCAGCCAGGCCAGGCCCUCCUCGAGCUCCGCGGCCACGGCGGCGCGCUCAACUGCGUCGAGUGGUCCCCUCUGAGGAGAGGAACCUUGGCCUCGGGAGGUGACGACUGCCAGGUGUUGAUCUGGGACCUGCUGAACAACAACAACACGUCCAACGCGGCCACAAUCUCCACCAACGGGGCUGCCCCGCCAACGGGCGCUCAGGCUGCUGCAAGCACUGAUAAUGUCAGGAGUCCGGUUGCUGCUUGGCAGUGCGAGUACGAGGUGGGCAAUCUGGGGUGGGUGCCGCACUUGGCUGGGGGGGAGUAUGGGGAUUGGUUGGGUGUCAGCGCCGGGAGGGGGGUUUGGGGUGUGAAGUUGGGAUGAAAGGGGAACGAUAGCGACAAGAAGAGAAGAGGUUGAAGGAUCAUGAUACCGUAUGAACAACGUGAAUGAAAUUGGAUGUUGGAAGGAGGGGAGGGAAUGAAGGAAUGUUUGAUAACUAGUUGGGGAGGUUUCUGACGUUGGGAGGCUAAAAUGAGAGGAGGUUUGUUUGUGAUGCACGAAGAGAGGAGACAAAGGCAGAGAGGUACAGGAGAAGAGGCAUCAAAAGGGACAAGAAAGCAAGCAUUACAUA